GCCGACGACCGUCAAGCCAUGGCAAAUCCUCGUCAGCGAAGCAAGGCACGCUCUGGUGCGACAAAGAAUAGACCCUCCAAGCGGUCACUGGCAAAGAUCAAAAAGAACAAGACAAAGACCGUCUUCAAGGGCCCAGGAGUACUCGAGCCGUUAUGGGAUCGCAAGAAGACCACCCGCCAGAACUAUAUCGGUAUGGGAUUGCUCACGACGCUCAACCCGAAGCAGUCUGGCGGACUUGAACGAAUUGAAGGCAUCCCUUUUGCACUUCGGGCUAGACAAGCAAACGCUCAAGCCAAUGCUCACGCUUCGACUUCGACUACCACUUCAUCAGAUGACGAGGCAGAACUUGAUAUGGAUGCUUCUGCUGCGCCGGCCAGCAGGAAAGGCAAGGAGAAAGAGUCAGAUAAGAUCCCAAAGGGCUUUGCCCGCGUCGAGCGUGAUGCGGAUGGCAACAUAACCAAAGUCACCCUGGCGGACGAAGAUGCCGAAAGUGCAGACGAGCCAGGCUCGACGCCAUGGGGAGCGCCAUUGGACGUCUGGCAGACUGAUGUAGCUGCGCCUGCCGAGCCAUCACCGGCCGAGCUAGAGCCCGACGGCGUCCUCGACCAUACCAGAGAUCAAUCGCAGGGCCUGCCGCUUAGUCUCUCCGCAGCCAGGGCUUCUCUACGGUCGCAAGAUCCGAAAUUGCUGCCCACUGCCCAGAACAGAGACGCCACGCAAGCCCAAGCCAGAAAAGCCGUUGCCGCCCUCGAGGACUUAGCUGCGGGCGCGACAUCGGUAGACCGUCACACGUCGAGCAACGAACAAGAUUGGCUGGCCGAGCUUGUCAAACGAUACGGAAGUGAUAUCGCCGCAAUGGCACGCGACAAGAAACUCAAUACUUGGCAGAGGACGCCAGGCGAGAUCAAGCGCAGGCGAGCCAAUUUUACUGCUAAUGCAUCAUUGAGUUCGAUUGACCUGCCGCAGUCGGCAGUGGCGCUUGGAGAAAAUGACGAGUUCCGCGAGACUACUCGACCUCCACGCGAGCAGAAGAGCCUUGUUUACUUUGGCCUUGCUCGGUGCUGCGAGCAUCUGCCUUUGCUGGUCCGACAUGCACACACACCACCACACCACAUGAAGGCAACAUACUGGGCUCUGGCAGCCCUACUCUUGACCGCCAAGGCGAGCCGGUUCGACUUGGCCCUUAGAUCCUACGCCAACGCGACCGAAGACGCAUCGACCGUACCUUGGGAGUCCUACGUCGACGAGCGUCUAGCUGACGAGCUCCCCAUCAAUCCUUACGUCGAAGAUGAGACGACGCCCAAUGGGCUCCUCGUCUCUUUCUCCCGCGUCUUCAGAGGCGAUCUUGGCAAGUCUGCAUUGUCAAAGUCUGUGAAGAAGACGACAAAGAAAACAAAGAAGAAGAAGGCUUCUAGGAAGCCCAAGAAGAAUCCAAAGGCAAGCAAGAAGCACAAAACUACAUCGCAUCAUACUUCUACAGCAAAGCAUCAUACAUCGACACAUCACGCGACGAGCACUGCGGCAAGAGCUACCGCUACGCAUGCCAGCACAUCUACACCUACUCCGGCGACGGAUAUCGUCAAGCUCUCGCAAGGUACCUACCAAGGAUCAUCUGCAAAUGGGAUCGACAGCUUCAGAGGCGUGCCAUACGCAAUGCCGCCCAUUGGAGCAUAUCGUUUCCGAGCCCCUCGCGCUAUCUCUUCUCGGAGCACAAAGACCUACUCUGCAACAAAUGGCGAGAAUGCAUGCCCGCAAAAGGACUUUACGUCGAGCACGACCGAAGAUUGCCUCACGAUCAAUGUGCAUCGUCCGACGGGCGUACAGGCCGGUCACAAUCUACCAGUCUACGUGUUCAUCUAUGGAGGCGCACUGAUCACGGGCUCGCCCAACUACGCCUCCUACCUGCCCAUCAAUAUUCUCAACCGGGGGCUGGCGACGGGCCGACCCUUCAUCUUCGCAGCCAUCAAUUACCGGAUGGGCGCGUUUGGCUUCCUCGGCGUCGAAGAGAUGCAAGACGCGGAUCUGAACGCAGGUUUGCUCGACCAGCGCAUGGCACUACAAUGGGUGCAGAGCAACAUUGCAGCCUUCGGAGGUAAUCCAAGGCACGUCGUCAUCGGCGGACAAAGCGCGGGCGCUUUCUCUGCUACCUGGCAUGCCCUCUAUUCUCCGAGCUCACUGUUUGCUGGCAUCAUCGCCCAAUCUGGCGCGCCCGGCACCUUUGCCUAUUCUGAUAGGGAGACUGCCGCCUCGGUCUUCAGCCAGCCCGUAAUUGACGCUGCUGGCUGUUCUAAAGCGCCCUCGCCUUUGACUUGCCUGCGCCUUGUCAGACUUGAAGAUCUCCUCGCAGCCAGUAACAAUGCCAAUUCUGCGCGUAACAAUGUCCAGUGGCCCUGGCAGCCCACGCUGGGCUCGAGAUCACAGCUCCCCUCUCAGCUCUACGCGUCCAACAACAUAGCCCGCGUACCCAUGCUGCUUGGCACUUGUCAGGAUGAAAGCACAAUGUACGUGUCUACGAACACGAAUUCGGACAGUGGCGUCAAAGUCGACAUCGAAGCGCUCGUGCCUGGCAAUCGCACGUACAUCCGUAUGGCCGAGCCUUACAUCCUGCAACGAUACCCAGACGUGCCUUCGCUGGGUUCGCCGUACAAUACGGGCUCGCAGCUCUUCGGAAUGGGCUCCCAGUUCAAGCGCGCCGCUUCGAUCGCAGGCGACAUCACUUUCGAGAGUCCACGUCGAGCUCUGGCCAUUGCAGCCAGCAAGAAUGCCGCUGUCUAUGCGUAUACAUACAGCGUUGGCGGCUCGGACAACUAUCAAGGUGUCUCUCAUGGCUGCGAGCUCGCCACAACGUUCUUGAAGGGGGUAGACACUGGCAAUGCUCAAGAAGUUGCUUUUUCUAACCGCGUCGCCGACCGGUGGAUCAAUUUCAUCUACUCGCUCAGUCCCAAUGCGCCUUACACUGCGACUCUAGACGGCGUAAACUGGCCAAUGUAUGGCUCAAAUGGCGCCAUGCUCAACAUCAGCAGUCACCAGAAGGACACGAUUACUUCAGAUACAUACCGCACGCCAGGCAUCGCCCUGCUCAAUUACAUAGCACAUGCAAUCCCACGAUAGUCGCAUCAUGGUUUCUCUGCAGCUCACAUUGUUUGUAUAUCACGCACGACACUACACGAAUGCAUACUGUGCACAGGGACUACAGCAAAGAGUCGAAGAAGUCCGU